UUCAAAACGAUCAGAAAACUUAAAUUUGUAACGACUUGGUAACAAACAUUUGCAAUUAAUACAAAACGAUCACAAAUUAAAAAGAAGUGACUAUUUUUGUACCAAGUACAAAUUUAUUUGACAAUUUUUACUAAAUACCCACCAUUUACACCAUACAAUUUACCUCUCAAAAUCUGCUAGUUGCCAAACAGGGUAUCUGGGUAUGUGUGGAUUAUACAGAAAAAUUACCCAAAAAGAAAUAGCAGCAGCACAAAAUAGAAAACAUAAUGAUGUUGUUCUAAUAUUUGACCGCGUAACGUUAGCGUAUACCUUCCCCUGUUUUUCCUCCUCUCUCACUCCCUCGCCUCGAGUAGCGCAGUAGCUAGUGAGUAGCAGAAGAAGAGAGCAGUAUCUUAGCUGGAUGCUUCCUCUCUCUCUCUCUCUGUCUCUCUCCCUCAAAAACCCCCCAAUCCUCCCUUUUCCCUUUCUCUUUCACUCAGCUCUCAUCUGAGCUUUGAGAGAGAAACGUUAACAGAGUAUUUUCCACAUUUCCACACAAUGCCCUUUCCUUCCUACUUCAUCUUCUUCUUCCUCCUCCACCGCUGCUCCGUCGCCUUCCCCGUCCGCCGCAUUCUCCACCAGCCUUUCUUCCCCGUCGACACCCUCCCUCCCGCACCCUCCCCUUCUUCCCUCCCUCUACCUUCACCGCCGGCCAAGCUCCCUUUCUCCUCCUCCCCCGGCACCCCAACCAACACCAAUCCCAACUCCCCGUUCUUCCCAACUUACCCUUCCCCGCCUCCACCGCCGUCUCCCUCCACAUUCGCUUCCUUCCCCGCCAACAUCUCCUCAUUGAUCCUCCCUCAAUCCCCUUCCUCAAAGCCUUCCCCUUCCUCCUCCCACAAGCUCCUCGCCCUUUCUCUCUCCUUCCUCGCCGCCGCCGUUGUCGUUUCCGCGGUCCUCGCAUUCUGCUUCUGCCGCCGACGCCGGACCGCCAACAGCCCUCCUCCCAGUCACGAUGCCAAGACCCACGCCUCGUCCGACCGCCAGAGCAGUACCAGAUUCUACGCCGUGAAUCCGGAUCGGGGCUCCGGAUCCAGGAAUAAGCUCCGACCCACUAAUAACAGCUCGGAGUUUUUGUAUCUUGGGACGCUUGUUAAUACCCAUGGGAUUGGGGAUGGUGGCGGGUCGAAUCUUGCUGCCAUUGAGUCUCCGGUUGUGGGGAAGAUGGAUUCGCCGGAACUCCGGCCGCUCCCGCCGCUGAAUCAUCAUGGCCGGAAUCCGGAUGGUUUUGGUUCCCCUGAGGAUGCUGAGGAAGAGGAGUUUUAUUCGCCGAGGGGGUCGUUGGGCGGCGGAGGGAGGGAUGGUUCGGUCGGGGCGGGAUCCGGGUCGAGGAGGAUGUUUCGGGCUGUGGGUGGCCCGGGUCCGGAUUUCGGAGAAGGAGGGACUACUGAUUCGACUUCUUGCUCUUCCGAUUCGUCGUCUGGAUCUCCGGCGAGGUCUCAGUCGGUUAGCAUUUCUCCCCCCGUGAGUUUGUCCCCGCGGAAUAAUAGGAAGUCCUCCCCUGAAUCUGCUCGGGUCGUUUAUCCGGGUCCGGGUCCAGCGCCUGCUCCGCCUUGCCCGCCGAUGCCGCCGCGGCGGAAUGAGAAUGAGUUGUUGGCGUCUGUUUCGCCGUCGUUGUCUGCUUCGUCUUCGCCGAGGAUUUCUUUCGAUAUCGAGCAAAUGAAGCGAAUCUCGCCGGAUCGGAAUGUGAGGUCGCCGUCGCUGUCUCCGGCGAGGAUUCUGAAUCAGAAUCAGCAACAGAUGGGGAAGCUUUCUUCUUUAGGUUCCCCUGUUUCUACUGCAUCGGCUGCUUCUUCGCCCAAGCUAUGGAACGCUCUGAAUCAAAAUGUGCGGUCACUGUCGGUUUCUUCUUCUUCCGCUGCGUCACCGGACAGAGUUUCAUCUUCGUCGGAGAAAUCUCAACCCCCCCGAAUGUCCAAUGAUAUGGAGCCUAACAAUGCCCAGCCGUCAUCGUUGCUUUCCUCCGCUUGGACUUCUCCUGAAAGACAUCCACUUUCCUCUCCGUCCGCCAUGGCCGUUAAAAUGUCGCCGUCAUUCUCAUUAGCUUCUUCAUCGCCGGGUUUCGAGAAGAGCCCUGAUCGGUCUUCGGCUGACGGAUUGAACGUCUCUGGGCUGAAUGUUAAGAUGAGCUCUGUUCUUGGUCAGCAGCCAAUUUCAGCUCCGCCGCCGCCCCCUCCUCCUCCUCCGCCCCCACUACCGCCGAGACAGAUGGAAUUUUCUCCGGUGGCAUCGACACCAGAAGGCAAGUUAAUUUCGACUUCGGCAGCUGCCCCGCCGUUGCUUAUACCCCCGUUCAGGCAGUUUGUGCUGCAAACGCCGCCGACGAAAGUAUCUCCGAUUCAACUGCCUCCGAAUGCUGAAGCAGAGGAUCACUUCCAAGAGACUCCCAAGCCAAAGUUGAAGCCUUUACAUUGGGACAAAGUUCGAGCUAGCUCCGAUCGCGAAAUGGUUUGGGAUCAAAUUGGGUCCAGCUCGUUCAAAUUGAAUGAGGAGAAGAUCGAGGAAUUGUUUGUGGCAAAUGCCCCGAAAACAAAGCCAUCACCAGGAACUCCGACUCCAUUCAAUCUAUUUGGAAAUCAGGAAAAUAGGGUUCUUGAUCCGAAAAGAGCACAGAACAUUGCAAUCUUGCUGAGAGCUUUGAAUGUCACCAUAGAGGAAGUCUGUGAAGCUCUCUUAGAGGGUAGUACUGAUACUCUUGGAACUGAGCUGCUGGAGAGCUUAAUGAAGAUGGCACCUAGUAAGGAAGAGGAGCGAAAGCUGAAGGAGUAUAAUGACGAUUCACCAGUGAAGCUCGGUCAUGCAGAGAAGUUCCUCAAGGCAGUCCUCGAUGUCCCGUUCGCCUUUAAAAGAGUCGAUGCAAUGAUGUACAUGGCCAACUUUGAUUCCGAGACUGAGUAUCUCAGGAAGUCCUUUGAAACCCUCGAGGCAGCAUGUGAAGAGCUGAGGAGCAGCAGGAUGUUCCUGAAGCUUCUGGAAGCCGUGCUCAAGACAGGAAACCGUAUGAAUGUAGGGACAAACCGUGGUGAUGCUCGUGCUUUCAAGCUUGACACGCUCCUCAAGCUGGCCGAUGUCAAGGGCAUAGAUGGCAAGACGACUUUGCUCCAUUUCGUGGUACAGGAGAUUAUAAGAACUGAGGGAGCUCGUCCCUCCUUGGAGGGAUACAUGAAUUCCGCCCCCUCAUCAUGUGAUGAGGUCAAGUGCAGGAAACUUGGGUUGGAAGUGGUGUCAAGUUUAAGCUUGGAGUUGAGCAAUGUCAGAAAAUCCGCUGCUAUGGACUCUGAUGUGCUCAGCAGUGAGGUCGCCAAGCUUUCUGUCGGCAUUGAAAAGAUAAUUGAGGUAGUGCAGUUGAAUGAGAGAUUAGGGCUGAGUGGAAGUGGGAAGUUCUCAGAGUCGAUGAACAAGUUCUUAGAAAUGUCCGAGGGGGAGAUUAUAAGGAUUCAGGCGCAAGAGAGUGUUGCAUUGUCAUUGGUGAAGGAGAUUACUGAAUAUUUCCAUGGAAACUCGGCGAAAGAAGAAGCUCACCCUUUUAGGAUCUUCAUGGUUGUGAGGGACUUCCUCUUGGUUCUCGAUAGGGUUUGCAAAGAAGUUGGCAUGAUAAACGAACGAACGAUUGUUAGCUCAUCGGUGUAUAAGUUCCCUGUUCCGGUGAAUCCCAUGCUGGCUCAGGCACAAUGCAGUUCAUUUUCCGAGGAUGAAGGUGAACUGCCAUGAGGAAAGAAAAAUGAUCUGCUGGGUUUUCUGCAACUCAUCUGCCCCCAGUUUCUGUACAAAUCCGCGAAGAGAGAUUUUUGUAAUUUGCUGGUUUAUAUGGUCUGUGUAGAUUAGUAUAUAUAGAAAGAUGGUUUCUUUUUGCUGGAGAUGAUGGCAUGCUAAUGGAUAAUGUAUGAUCCCCUGUCCAAACUAAUGAUUCGGGAUUCUAUUCAGAUA